AGUGCGAAGCACGCGUUUUUGAUUUAUGUUCGUGGGGGAGCUGUCAAGAGUGUUGUCAAGUGCUGAAAGUUCUGUGUGUUCUGUGUGUUUCCUCGAACAGUGUUGCGACGCGCUUAACCCAAAAGCCGCUGCCUGCUGCCUGCUAAAAGCCUAAUGUGUGGGCUUUUUUUGUGUCGGGUUUUUGGAGUUGCUUAAUGGCGCCGAACCGUGCGUGUUAAUGGCCAGUUAAUGGCUGGGUGAUUAAGGUGCAAUAAACAUAUUCAUAAUUCAGCCAACCAAAAAACCAACAAGAGCGAACCAAACGUCGUCGAGAACAACAACAAAAAAAAAGCGGUAAUCAAAUCGUGUUAAUUCCAUCAAUCUAACAACUGUCAUUGGAAACAGAAACAAAUACAAACAACAAGCACACAAGGAAAAGCACUUUGCAACUUUUGUGCAUGUAACAAGCGAAAGCAAAACAUUUGAUCUAGCCACACCCAGGACUAGUACGACUAGGACUAGUGCGUGGGGGGUGCGUGGGGAUGCUGCAAACUCGAAUCCCAAUCCCAAUCCGAAUCUGAACCCCCAAACCAAAGUGGUGAAAGUGCUAAGCCGCAAAACAACAAGAUAAAUUACUUGGGCCUCCGUCGUUGUCGCAUAUUUUGUUAUCUAAACCAAAUCAACAACAACCAUCAACAACAACAACAACAACAAUAACAAUUGUAUCUGUGCGAUUCAGCGAGUGUCGUGUUGCGUGUCGUAAUCGUUGCAUACUUUGAGGCGCUCGCCGAUGCGCACAUGGCGUAUGAUUUAUGCGCUUGUUGUUCUUGGUGCUGCUGCUGCUGCUGUGAAACAAGUUGGAGAACAGCAAAUUAGUUUAAAAGCAAAACAAGCAAAUUGAAUUUACAGUAAAACAAAAGCACACACAAAAUAAAACCAAAAAAAUACAAAGUUUUACAUGCGCCAAAAAUAAAAGAAAAUAAAAAAGACAAGCAAAGUUACGUGAGAAAGAGAAAAGAAAUCUUGAAAACAAAUUAACUGCUGAGCGGGCACUAAAAAGCGCCAAAAGGAAGUUCACGCGAAUAGGAUAUAGAUAUCGAAAUCUAUAUAUAUAUAUAUACAAGUAUAUACAUUUAAAAAGAUACAAGCUACUCGACUCAUCUUGUUAUUGGUCCCGUGUGAGCGCUUAGCUUACUCCGCAGCUGGAGCGUUUUCUGGCAGGGCUCUUGUUGCUCUUUCAAACGCUGACUCUAAUUGGACGAGCAGCAACAACAACAGUAACAAAGAUAUCAUAUAAAAGACCACAGCGAAUUACGCGCUUAAGUGAGGACUGACAACAACUACAACGAUCAUAACAAUAAAGUGGGGCUAACAAGACCCCGGGAAAAAUACCGAAAAUAAAAAUAAAAAUAAAAACGAAAAUACAAAAACGAGCAAAAUGUUGUUUGCCCGCCCAGCAGCGAGAAUGUCCAGAGCCAAUUUCGGAUUACUCAACUGGCUCAUCAGUUGGCUGCUGUUGAUGCUGUUUAAAGGCUAUAAUGCUGCGAUAGCACCAACGCCACCAACAACAACAACGACAACUGUCUCACCCUCGAAUCUGUUGCCCUAUUUCGACUUUGAUGUGCCACGCAACUUGACCGUCACCGUGGGCCAAACAGGAUUCCUGCAUUGCCGCGUCGAGCGACUGGGGGAUAAGGAUGUCUCGUGGAUACGCAAACGUGAUCUGCAUAUCCUCACCGCUGGCAGCACCACCUACACCUCCGAUCAGCGUUUUCAGGUUCUGCGACCAGAUAACUCUGCCAAUUGGACACUGCAAAUCAAAUAUCCACAGCCGCGUGACUCUGGCGUCUACGAGUGUCAAAUCAACACAGAGCCAAAGAUGUCCCUCUCCUACACAUUUAACGUUGUGGCAGAGCUCAAAGCGGAAAUCUUUGGACCCAGCGAUCUGAUGGUUAAAACGGGCAGCGACAUUAACCUAACCUGCAAAAUUAUGCAAGGCCCACACGAGCUGGGCAACAUAUUCUGGUACAAAGGCAGCGAAAUGCUCGACAGCAAGAACGAGAACGAAAUCGACAGCUCCAUGGCCAGGAUACGAGUUGAGGAUGAUUGGUCGGAUGGCCUGACUUCCAGAUUAAAAAUCAAGCGUGCCAUGCCCGGCGACACCGGCAACUACACCUGUGUGCCGACUGUGGCAAAAACCUCCAGCGUCUACGUGCACGUAAUUAUUGGUGAACACCCGGCGGCAAUGCAGCACAAUUCGAGCAGCAACAGCAACAGUUUCUAUUGCGGAAUUUGUUGCAUGCUGCUGAGCAUCGUCUCCUGCUGCCUGCAGCAUUGGUAUGUGAGUGGUGCGACGUCUGAGACAAUGGCCGCGCUGUUGCAGCUGUCAAAGUUGCCACCGAGGCAAUUGUCGCACUACCCAACAACAGUUGCAGCGACAGCAGCAGCAGCUGCAGCAACAGCAACUACAUUUAAUGCCCGCCCCCGUCCCAGCAAUCGCCUCGAUAGUCGACGGCUUGUGCAGUGCAUGAGAUGAAGGAAUGGAACCCCCAAGGAUAUGAUGGUGAACUCUACAAUCAUCGCAAUGCUAUUGAUAACGAUGACGAUGAUGAUGGGAAUGAUGAUAUAAGAAAGCUGCAGUUUAGUUAAAUUCAAGACAUGAUUGAAUCGAAUCGAAUCGGAUCGCAUUGAUUUCGUAUCUAAAGAUAAACAUGCACUUAGUGAAUAACAAAAAACUCUCUAACUUUAAGCGAUUUCGAGUAAGUUUAGCCAAGCAGACGAAAAACGGAAUCAACCAUGGAGAACAACACAAAAAAAUAUAUAUAAAAAGCAAACAAAAUAAUCAGAAUAAAUAAGUAUCUCUUUAUAUAUAAACAUAUAUCGAUAACUAGUUAAGAGUUAAGCCAACUGUAGAACAGCAAACAGCAAAUGCACUUGUGGUCACAAAAGUAAUUCACAAUUUGCAAUAAAUAUUUCUUUUGAUGUAAGUAUUUUGUUAUCUUAAUAUUGUCAGAUAAAACACAUUUUGUGAUCACUUAGCGCAUUUGUUGGCACACCACUUCACUUGCCAAUAGAAAAACAGAUUACCGACAUUUCUCAUUAUGAAUUAAGACUUACUAGCUAUAAAUAUGCUUCAUAUUCAAGCCCCGUCAGUCAGUCGAUCGUAUACAAACUUCUGUCGCUCACUGUUAUUCGAUUAGCCUGAAAACCAAAACACAAUACAACAAAUUAUUCGCUGUAAAUAAAUAGCAUUCCGCAGGUUUUUAGUGUAUUCAAAUCCGUAUAUUUAAAGUUUAUUUUAGUCUGAGUAGCAUCCAAAAUUUUCAUAUGAUUUGCUCAUUUAAAUCGCAAAUUUAAAACUACAUAAAAGAACAUCGCAAGUUGAUUUUUAGCAAACCCUGGCAGAUGAGGUAUUUUAUAUAUAUAUUUUUAUACAUUGAAAGAUAUUUAAUUUAAUUUACCAUUAAUUUAAAUUAGAAAUUGAAAUUGUGUUGGCUUUAUAAUUUUGCACAAAAUUCAAUGCUCCAUAUUAUCAUUCAACACUCGAUUAGUUCUUAUCCCCACGUUCAAAGUGGAAAACUAUCUGCUAGGGUAAAACAGUACGAAAUCAAUCUGAAUUUAUAUAAUUGCUUAACAACUCACUAGCUACCCAAUUCAUCAGCAUUAUCGGGCUCAUUAAAUUGUCACAUAGAAACACACUCAAAAACGCAAACGCAAAUGAAAAUGAAAAACACAAUAACAAAACUGGUAGAGAAAUUCGUGUUGAACAAAUUUGUUAAAAGCUUUCCAAUUUGGGUUCGAUAGUACCAUGUAUAUACAUAUAUAUAGAAAGAGAGAGCAUCGGUAGAGAGAUAAUUAGUUUUGGCUGAUUGAAGAGAAGAGCAUAUGGAAAUGCGAUUUAUAAUUGUGCUUAACGCAAGCUGAAUGAAAAUUGAUGGUAAGUGGUGAUUGGCUGGAAAUCGAUGGAAAUUGAUGAAAAUGUGCGAGCACUGUAAAUAAAUUCAUUAGUAGCAAACUGUAGAUUUAAUUAACUCUUAAAUAAUAAUAAAAUCGAACAUAAAAGCUACAUACAAUUUAAAUGUUAUAUCUGUUUUCAUUUGGAUAACUGCGGCACCAAAAAAACAAAAACACAAAUUGGCAACACAAACUACAGCAAAACGAGUAACAGACAAGGAAUAAACUAUUUAUAAAAAAAAAACAAAGCAACAACAAAAAAUAUAUAUAAAUAACAUUUCAGCAACAACAAAUAGACAAAGUUAGUGAGAAUUUUAUAAAACAAAAAAUAAAUGGAUACAGAGAGUGGAAAUCAGGACACGAGAUUUGUUGGGUAUAAAUGAUCGAUUUGUUUGUGUGUAUGUGAGUGCAGCUGUGUGUGUGGGUGUGCGUAUGUGUGAGUAUAAGUGCGUGUGUAUGUGCGUUUGUAAGCGUAGAUAAUUAAGUAAUGAAAACACUCUGUAAAUACAUAAAUUACUUAUAAUUAAUUUUGCAUUAAAUGGUCAGACGAUAACUAAUAUUUAUAAUAAGCAUAAACCGAAAGAAAUAUAUAUAUAAACAGAAUCAUAAGAUAUACAUACACAGACACCCAUUCACACACUGUCACACACAUACACGCAUAUCUUAAGCUGUAUUGUGUCAGUUUAUCUAUUAACUGUAAGCAACAUGACAGUCUAUCAAACAAAGAGAAAUGUGUACAAUAAACUAAGUGUUUAUUCAUAUGUGUCGCAGCAUUUGUUUAGGUACACUUACAUACACACACACCAUACCAAAUACACCCACACACACACACACAUAAUUUAAAUUAAAUAAGUGAAAUAUAAUUAUGAGUUA